ACAAGCCCGGAAGUGAGUUCCGGGUCGGUGUAGACGCGGCUGCCGCGCGGGUUCCGGGCCCCACCCUGGAACCAAAACGUCUCUCCUGGAAAACCUGACUCAGGCCGAGCCCCCUCCGGGAGGGGGAGCGCGCCCCGCCCUGCCCCGCCCCACCCAGACCCCCGCGCGCCUCUCCCGCCCGCAGCAGCUGCAGGGACCCCGCGUCGGAGCCUGGGGGGCGGCGAGCGCCCCGGGGAGUCCUCGCUCCCGAGGCCCGCGGAGGGGGCGGCGCGGGGGCGGGCCGGCCCCUCCCUCGCUGACGCCGCCGCCGCUGCCGCCGAGCCCCGGGCCCAGAGCACCGACUGCUGAGCGGGGCGCCAGGCCGGCCGGGCAGGAUGCGCUACCGGGCGUCGGCCCUGGGCAGUGACGGGGUACGGGUAACCAUGGAGAGCGCGCUGACCGCCCGAGACCGGGUGGGGGUGCAGGAUUUUGUGCUGCUGGAGAACUUCACCAGUGAGGCUGCCUUCAUGGAGAACCUUCGGCGCCGCUUCCGGGAGAACCUCAUUUAUACUUACAUUGGCCCAGUCCUGGUGUCGGUCAACCCCUACCGGGACCUGCAGAUCUACAGCCGGCAGCACAUGGAGCGUUACCGUGGCGUCAGCUUCUAUGAGGUGCCCCCCCACCUGUUUGCGGUGGCCGACACUGUGUACCGGGCCCUGCGCACGGAGCGCCGGGACCAGGCGGUGAUGAUCUCCGGGGAGAGCGGCGCCGGCAAGACCGAGGCCACCAAGCGCCUGCUGCAGUUCUAUGCAGAGACCUGCCCGGCCCCCGAGCGGGGUGGCGCCGUGAGGGACCGGCUGCUGCAGAGCAACCCCGUGCUGGAGGCCUUCGGAAACGCCAAGACCCUCCGGAAUGAUAACUCCAGCAGGUUUGGGAAGUACAUGGACGUACAGUUUGACUUCAAGGGGGCCCCCGUGGGUGGCCACAUCCUCAGCUACCUGCUGGAGAAGUCCCGCGUGGUCCACCAGAACCACGGCGAGAGGAACUUCCACAUCUUCUACCAGCUGCUGGAGGGGGGCGAGGAGGAGACCCUGCGCAGGCUGGGCUUGGAGCGGAACCCCCAGAGCUACAUGUACCUGGUCAAGGGCCAGUGUGCGAAGGUCUCCUCCAUCAACGACAGGAGUGACUGGAAGGUGGUCCGGAAGGCCCUGGCGGUCAUUGACUUCACCGAGGAUGAAGUGGAGGACCUGCUGAGCAUCGUAGCCAGCGUCCUGCACCUGGGCAACCUCCACUUUGCUGCCGACGAAGAGAGUAACGCCCAGGUCACCACUGAGAACCAGCUCAAGUAUCUGACCAGGCUCCUCGGGGUGGACGGCGCCACGCUGCGGGAAUCCCUGACACACAGGAAGAUCAUCGCCAAGGGGGAAGAGCUCCUGAGCCCGCUGAACCUGGAACAGGCUGCAUAUGCGCGUGACGCCCUUGCCAAGGCCGUGUACAGCCGCACUUUCACCUGGCUGGUCGGGAAGAUCAACAGGUCACUGGCCUCCAAGGAUGCCGAGCGACCCGGCUGGCGAGGCACCACAGUUCUUGGGCUCCUGGACAUUUAUGGCUUUGAAGUGUUUCAGCACAACAGCUUCGAGCAGUUCUGCAUCAAUUACUGCAACGAGAAGCUGCAACAGCUCUUCAUCGAGCUCACCCUUAAGUCUGAACAGGAGGAAUAUGAGGCGGAGGGCAUCGCGUGGGAGCCGGUCCAGUAUUUCAACAACAAAAUCAUCUGCGACCUGGUGGAGGAGAAAUUCAAGGGCAUCAUCUCUAUUUUGGAUGAGGAGUGUCUGCGCCCCGGGGAGGCCACGGAUCUGACCUUCCUGGAGAAGCUGGAGGACACGAUCAAGCACCACCCACACUUCGUGACACACAAACUGGCUGACCAGCGGACACGGAAAUCUCUGGACCGUGGGGAGUUCCGGCUUUUGCACUAUGCUGGGGAGGUGACCUACAGCGUGAGUGGAUUUCUGGAUAAAAACAAUGACCUUCUCUUCCGGAACUUGAAGGAGGCCAUGUGCAGCUCGGAGAACCCCAUCAUGAGCCAGUGCUUCGACCGGAGCGAGCUCAGUGACAAGAAGAGGCCCGAGACGGUCGCCACCCAGUUCAAGAUGAGCCUGCUGCAGCUGGUGGAGAUCCUGAGGUCCAAGGAGCCCGCCUACAUCCGCUGCAUCAAGCCCAACGACGCCAAACAGCCGGGCCGCUUUGAUGAGGUGCUGAUUCGGCACCAGGUGAAGUACCUGGGGCUGAUGGAGAACCUGCGCGUGCGCAGAGCCGGCUUUGCCUACCGCCGCAAAUACGAGGCUUUUCUGCAGAGGUACAAGUCACUGUGCCCAGAGACAUGGCCCAUAUGGGCAGGACGGCCCCAGGACGGGGUGAACGUGCUGGUCAGGCACCUCGGUUACAAGCCAGAAGAGUACAAGAUGGGCCGGACCAAGAUCUUCAUCCGCUUCCCCAAGACCCUGUUUGCCACAGAGGAUGCCCUGGAAGUCCGGCGGCAAGACCUGGCCACGAAGAUCCAGGCCAGCUGGAAGGGCUACCACUGGCGGCAGAAAUUCCUCCGAGUGAAGCGAUCAGCUGUCUGCAUUCAGUCCUGGUGGCGGGGCACGCUGGGCCGAAGGAAGGCAGCCAAGCGGAAGUGGGCAGCCCAGACCAUCCGGAGACUCAUCCGUGGUUUCAUCCUUCGCCACGCACCCCGUUGCCCUGAGAACGCUUUCUUCCUGGACCACGUGCGUGCUUCCUUUUUGCUCAACCUGCGGCGGCAGCUACCACGGAAUGUCCUGGACACUUCCUGGCCCACUCCCCCACCUGCCCUGCGUGAGGCCUCGGAGCUUCUUCGGGAGUUGUGCCUGAAGAAUAUGGUGUGGAAGUAUUGCCGGAGCAUCAGCCCGGAGUGGAAGCAGCAGCUUCAGCAAAAAGCCGUGGCUAGCGAGAUCUUCAAGGGCAAGAAGGACAAUUACCCCCAGAGCGUGCCCAGGCUCUUCAUCAGCACCCGGCUCGGUGCAGACGAGAUCAGCCCCAAAGUGCUACAAGCCCUGGGCUCUGAGCCCAUCCAGUACGCAGUGCCCGUCGUGAAGUAUGACCGCAAGGGCUACAAGCCCCGUUCCCGCCAGCUGCUGCUGACGCCCAGUGCCAUCGUCAUCGUGGAGGAUGCCAAGGUCAAGCAGAGGAUCGAAUAUGCCAACCUGACGGGCAUCUCAGUCAGCAGCCUGAGCGACAGCCUCUUCGUGCUGCAUGUGCAGCGUGAGGACAACAAGCAGAAGGGGGAUGUGGUGCUGCAGAGCGACCACGUGAUUGAGACACUGACCAAGACUGCCCUGAGUGCCGACCGGGUGAACAGUGUCAACAUCAACCAGGGCAGCAUCACAUUCGCUGGGGGCCCAGGCAGGGAUGGCACCAUCGACUUCACACCCGGCUCCGAGCUGCUCAUCACCAAGGCCAAGAACGGGCACCUGGCUGUGGUGGCCCCACGGCUGAACUCGCGGUGAUGAAGGUGUCACUGGACUCCUCCCUCCUCCCAACGCUUUGCUUAUCUCCUCAUCCCCUUCCCAGUUACCAAAGACUUGAGCUUCCGGACAGGGACCCAGGGACACCUCAAAGUCCACUGGCCAGCUCCUGCCUCCUGCUCAGCGGCCGACGAGAAAGCAAAGAGGCUGGGAGCGGCCCGCGGGUGGGCCAGGCCGGGCCACAGCAAUAGAAAAGCCGGGGCCGGCGUCAGCCAUGCCAGCCCCACCGCCGAUGCCAAAUAUUUGCGAGAAGGGAACUUUUGCUGAGGUUUUUCUCUGAGAUUUUUUCAUGCUUUAUAGGAAACUAUUUUUUAAAAAAGCCAUUUUCCCACCCUAAGACACACUGGAUGUGUUUUCCCUGACUCCAGCGGGGCAGGGAACCUAGCUGAGAGGCUGGGUGGUCUGGGCCCUGGUGCCCUCUACCCGACCCAGGCCUCCCUCUCCUCCUUGUUCCCUUGGCACCUUGUCUGUCUGCCUGCUUACCUGCCCAUCUGUGGCCUUUGCAGCCCACUCUGACACCCCCUGGGAGCUGGAACCAUUCUUGGCAGCCUCCAUCUUCCUGCCUUAAGUGUCUUGUUAUCACUGGUGCAGCCCGAAGUGGCCCAGAGCAGGGGAAGAACUAGAAGAACCUGGAACAUGCAGAGAUUGGCCGGUCUGGCCUCCCAGUGUUUUGAGAGCAGGAGACUAAAGUCAUGGAGGGGAAAGACUCACCCGGGGCUUCCCCAGCACAUGGGCACAAAUCUGGGACUGCUUCCUGUCCUUAGCAUCCCUCACUGAAUUCCCAAGGACAGGGAGCCCCAGGAAACACCUUCAUACCCUAUGGGUGCAUUUGGCUCCCUAACCAGCAGUCACAUCUGGGGGGCCACUAGGUAGGAGGAGCACUUCUGCCUGAGCACUUCUGCCUGCGCUCCUUAGGAGGACCAACGCCCCACUCCCCCCACACUGGCCCCAGUUCAGGGAUGAAAGGUGCCGCCGGCGCCUCCCUGUGCUGGGAGCAGAGGGAAGGGGCUGGCCUGGGAGAAGCUGCAGGGGCAUCACCUCUUUCUGCUGCUUCCCCCCACCUCCCCGGAGGGGCUGGGGACUACCCACUGCCUCUGUACCCUUCUUAGGGGCUUGACCCACUUCUGACACUUCUGCAAUCCAGAGAAACACUAAAUAAAGCAA